GGGGCAAACACCGGAAGCGUAUUGUGAGGCAGCUUGGAAAUCAUCGCGCCAUUUUAUUUAGCAAACGGUGGUGGAUUAAGUCAGUGUUUUAUUAGCGUAAAUUGUUUUUUUUUUAGUUUUAGAACAGAAAUGGGAAGAAAGAAGAAGAAGCAGCUGAAGCCGUGGUGUUGGUACUGCAACAGAGACUUUGACGACGAGAAGAUUCUCAUCCAGCAUCAGAAAGCGAAACAUUUCAAAUGUCACAUAUGUCACAAGAAGCUGUACACAGGACCAGGUCUGGCCAUACACUGCAUGCAGGUGCACAAGGAAACGAUAGACGGAGUUCCUAAUGCGAUACCCGGCCGAACCGACAUCGAGCUGGAGAUCUACGGCAUGGAAGGCAUCCCAGAGAAAGACAUGCAGGAGAGGAGGAGGCUUCUGGAACAGAAAUCACAAGAAAGCCAAAAGAAGAAACAGGACCAGGAUGACUCUGAUGACGAUGAUGAGGAAGAUGAAGCCGGACCGUCACCGUUUCAGCAGCCGCUCGUCGCCCAGCCACAGAAUGCCUACAUGCCCCAGGCAAACUACUCAGGUAUGCCUCCUAUGAUGCCUGGAGUUCACCCAAUGAUGCCCGGAAUGCCUGCAGUGAUGCCCGGCAUGCCACAUGGUAUGAUGCCGAUGGGAGGGAUGAUGCCCCCCGGGCCCGGAGUGCCCCUCAUGAUGCCAGGAAUGCCCCCAGGAAUGCCCCCUCACGUACCCCGGCCUGGGAUUCCCUCUAUGGCUCCGGUACCUUCCGUGACAGCACCAGGAGUCCCGGUGCGACCCACCGCACCCGUCGCCCCCCCCACUACCUCCAAACCUCUCUUCCCCAGUGCUGCUGCUCAGGCUCAGCAGCCGGUGCCCGCUAACGCAGAUCCUCCCAAAGCAACAUUCCCAGCCUACACCCAGCCUCCGUCAUCCUCCUCUUCCUCCACUACUUCUUCCUCCUCUUCCUCUGUUCCUGCUAGUAGCACUGUGGCUAUACUGAACUCCCCAGCAGUCUCCGCUAAGCCGGCCGCCAUCUCCAGCUCCAGUGCUACCAGUAAGUUGAUGCACCCUGAUGAGGAUAUCUCACUGGAGGAGAGGCGAGCUCAGCUGCCUAGGUAUCAGAGGUCGAUUCCUCCUCGUCCUGGGCCCACAGUAGCUGCUGCAGCGCCCCCUGCUGUGCCUGUGGGGUCGCUACUUCCACAACAGCCUCCUAUCAGACACCCCAUGCAUGGUCAGUUCGCUGCACCCCCUCAGGGAAUGCCAGGUUACAUGCCGGUGUACGGACAGGUGCCUCAGUACCAGGGCAUGGGCCGAUACUGACACACCGUGAGGUUUGCUUCAGUUUCUGCUGUUUAUCUAGACGAUUAAACCAACCAACCAACCAAAGGCACGGAGAGACUCAUGACGCCACGCAGGACGCUCACCUCACACACACACCUCACACACACACACACACACACACACACACGACUGAUUAUCUUUACAGAUCUUGUGUUGUGUUUAUUUCCCCCAGAUUUUUGUUUUAAAGCUGUAACAGUGCCAGUGUUAUUUACUAUAAUGCAAGUUUAAGACGAUCAUUCUGAUGAUUAGAAUAAUUAACAUCCCCCUAGUGUGUGUUUAAUCAGUCUGGAGCCUUCACAACAUGCCGUCAUGCUCCACAGUAGGUGUGUGUCGAUAAUCAUGUCAAAACACACGCUUGUAUAGAUAUAUACUGUGUGUGUGUCACAUUGUACCGUUAAUGCACAAUUUAGUGCUUUCAAUGUUUUUUUUGUUUGUUUUUCUUAUUUUUUUGUUAAAUAAAAGCACCAGUUUAACAUUUCA